UGACGAUAUAAAUACUGUGAACUCGCCGGCGGUAAAGUAAGAAGUUUCCUUCGCUACUGAUUUUUUUCCUUGCCCUCAAGGUGUAAUUCUGCACUAAGGUUAUUACAGAGGGAGAGGAAAAAGGGCUUACGUUGUUCCAAGUAAAGUAGUGCAUGCUUUCUCAUUUGAAGCUAUAUUUGGGACGCCGGUCGGGUCCUAAAAUUCUGUGCAAAAAACCGGAAACAGCGGAAGAGAAACCUUUCCAAAAAAUCAAGAAGCCUUUUCAAACGCAAAGUGAAAGAGAAACUUUGUAAUUUGCCUGUCUUUUGGCUUCGCAAUCACAAUGAACCAAGGGAAAUCCUUCGAGGAGAGAGCAGCAUUGCUUCGUUCUGAUGAUCGCCGAUACAAAUCCAUGGGAUCUGUUCACCAGAAUAAAUGCAAAAUUUACAAGCGGCGAUGGUACAUUUUGGCAGUCUUCUCAGUCGUUGCUGCGUUGAAUAAUUUGAUCUGGAAUACGUGGGGACCCAUACAAGGCACUUCACAAGUGGUGUUUGGCUGGGAUAGUACGACCAUAACGUUGCUUGCAGAUUGGGGUCCAAUUUCGUUCGUGGUCACAGUAAUACCAAUGUGCUGGCUUAUGGAUAUGAAAGGUUUAAGAGUAGCUGUUCUGGCGGCUGUUUUCUGUGAAUUCAUUGGAGCAGGUCUGCGAUGUAUACCCCUUAAUGAUGAGCAUGUUACCCUUCAAACUUGGCUCAUCCACUGUGGACAAUUCAUAACUGGAAUUGGAGGACCCAUUGCCAUGGCAGCAGCUCCAAUGGUGUCUGCAGCAUGGUUUCCUCCAGAUCAGCGAACAACAGCUACAGCCAUUUCCUCCCUUGCCUGCUAUAGUGGAACUGCACUUUCUUUUAUUCUUGGACCCCUUAUGGUUCCAGAUGUAGGGGAUAUGAAAGCUGCACAAAAUUUAACCACUAACUCAGGGAUUGACUAUUUGGCUUUAAGAAAGCUUUUCAACCAGAGUGAGAUUGACCAUUUGAGAGAUAAAAUCAUGAAUCUCAUGUACACUGAGGUGGGGAUCACUACUAUAACGAUGCUCUUUGUUAUCAUCCAUUUUCCUGAGAAGCCAAAGCUACCACCAAGUGUUACUGCUGCUAUGGGACGGCUGGAAUUUAAAAUCGGUGCCAAGAACUUACUGAAGAAUGGCCAGUUCUGGUUGUUGGUUUUUAUUUAUGGUAUGGGAACCGGAGUCUAUGGCGGUUGGUGCUCGAUAUUGGAUCUUAAUCUCUCACAGUUCCACAUUGAUCAGAAAACAGCUGGAUGGUUGGGAUUUGGGGCUGUUGUUGCUGGAUCAGUCUCAGGAAUUUCCCUCUCAAUAUUUGCAGACCACUUCACUCGUUACAUGAAGCUGAUUGUUAUAGCACUCUUGACUGGUGCCACAGUAUCACUGAUGAUAUUUACUCUGAUUUGUGCUGGUGUUCUUCCAUACUCAAAAGUGGUCCUGUUUGUAACCAGCAUCCUGGGAGGACUGUUUGUAAAUGGAACAAUUCCUUUGUUCUUUGAAUUAGCAGUGGAAUCUACGUACCCAGUUGCAGAGGGAAUCACUUCAGGUUUUCUUACAUUCUCCAAUAAUUUCCUGCAAGUUGUUUUCUAUAUCUUUCCAAUGCUGCCAAAGUUUGGGUUGAGAUGGAUUAACUGGUGCACAUUUGUGACAACUGCCCUUUGUAUUCCUCUACUGGCACUUUGGAGGCAAAAGCGUUACCGCUCUGAUGUUGAUGCCAAAGACUGCUACAUUCCUGCCCCACAUAACAGAGAAUUGAAUGGUGAGGUUAAUUAUGGUGGCGUGUCAUCUACUAGUACAAAUGGACAUCCUUCAUUUCCUUCAAUACAGGAAAACCCUUACAGCACUGAUGGUUUGGCUCCCAAUGCAUGAAAUUGAUACUUCCAAUUUUUCGGAUAAUUUGGAUAACUUAACCUCCCCAAAUGUAUUUAGUAUACACAACCCUCAUGUUGAUAGCAAUUUAAAGGGGAUAUUUGCAGGGUUGAAUGUUUCCUAAGUUUUACUCCUUGAGCCAUUAUCUUUCUCUGACACCUUCUUUGCCUUGGUUCAUACAGAGGAGCUGCUUUCUACUCCUACUGAAAAGAUAUAUAACUAAGAAUUCAUCCUUCUGUUUUAGAAGUUGUAGGGAGAUAGGGAGAAGUCAUUUCUGAAAAUAAAAAAGGAUGUUGAAAUUUCAUCCUGGUCACCAUGUAUGCUUAAUACUUGUAACUAUCUUGAUUGAUAAACCUUUAACCCCUUAGAGUGUCUGCCUUCUAGUUUCUCCUUACAGUAUCACCAAUAAAUCAAAUGUAAAAGUCACAAGUAUAAAAGAAAGGGUCACCAAUUUAACCCUUUAACUCCCAAGAUCUGAUUGUUAAUUCUCCCCUCUAGCUGCUACACAUUUCCUUGUAAAUUAGUUAUGAGAACUUGGUGUUAGAUCAAGAUAGCAGCUUCUACCUGAUAACUUUGAAUAUUCUCAUUACCUGUUGGCUGAAUAAUGUAUGGUUAUUGUAGGGAGAGGUUUUAUGUUAAUCACUUCUGGGAGUUAAAGGGUUAAGAAGUUCUUGAUUGUCAAAACAAAUUCUCCUUGUCAGUACCAUAGGAAAUGUAAAGAGAACACUUUGGAGAAUACCAAUACCAAUGUUAGGGUAUAAGGGGUUGAUUUGAUUUAAUUUUAUUGCAAAUUGAACUUUGUUUUGUGUCACUUAUGGGCUUAUAGGCCUUGUUAAAUAUUUGACACUCGGGCAUAUACCCAGCUAUAAAAAUUUUCAAAGUAUUUAUUUGAUAAUGUCAAUGUGUUUGUUCUCCUCACUUAAACCUUCUCCUUAUUUCUGUUGUACAAAAUAAUUGGGAUGAUCCAUUUACCAAUGUGAGGGUAAUUCUCAAUUAAUUAUUGAAAGUCAUCUGGAAUUACCCUCAUUGAUUUUGGUUGCUUUGCCCAGUGAAUGUACCUUGUGUUAUUUUUUUUUAAGGCUGUUAUUGGCUGUUGUGACACCUUUGAAUUUAGUUGUAAUGGUACUCAAAUUAACUGCCCAUUGCAUGCUCAGAUGAUGAUAGCAAUGAAACAAGUGUACCACUGAUUUGAUUUAGCAUUGAACUUCCUGGAUGACUAUGUACUGUGUUACAUUUGUAAAGCAAAUCAACGUAAAAGCAGUUAGAGUAUUUUUCAUUAAGUAUGUAAGGUAACACUGACUUGCCUUGGUCAUAAUAUAUUACACCCUGUGAUCUGUUCACAAAACUUUUGCUACUGAUUAUGCAAUAUCCUUUUUUUACGUGAAAUAAUUACAUUCACUUUUUGGUGAGCUUCUAUUAAAAAGUGCUCCUGGGGUAAUUUAUUACAGUUAACCUUACUCAGAAUACAAUUAUAGUCUCAAAGUUGACUCUUUUCCUCCAAAUUAAUAAUUAUCACAUAUGGUGCACUUUAAGAUGUAUUUUUAAA